AUGAGCGCUGGGCAGCCCGAGGAGGAGCCGGCUGCUGCCGCCCAGCCGCCGCUGGCCAGGCUGCUUUCCGCCUUCUUCUAUGGAACCUGCUCUUUCCUGAUCGUCCUGGUGAACAAGACCGUGCUGACCACUUACCGAUUCCCAUCUCCAAUGGUUCUUGGAAUUGGACAGAUGGCAACCACCAUACUUAUUCUGUAUGUGUCAAAAUUAAAUAAGAUUAUUCACUUCCCUGAUUUGGACAAAAAUAUCCCUGUGAAGUUGUUUCCUCUGCCUCUGCUUUAUGUUGGAAAUCACAUAAGUGGAUUAACAAGCACCAGCAAACUAAGUUUGCCGAUGUUUACAGUGCUCAGGAAGUUUACCAUUCCACUUACAUUACUGCUGGAAAUCAUCAUACUUGGGAAACGAUAUUCUCUGGGUAUUAUAGUCAGUGUAUUUGCCAUCAUUCUUGGGGCUUUCAUAGCUGCUGGAUCAGAUCUCUCUUUUAAUUUGAAAGGCUACACCUUUGUGUUGCUAAAUGAUAUCUUCACGGCAGCAAAUGGAGUAUACACUAAACAGAAAAUGGAUCCAAAGGAGCUGGGAAAAUAUGGAGUCCUUUUCUAUAAUGCUUAUUUUAUGGUGAUACCCACAAUGAUUCUUAGCUUCUCCACUGGAGACCUUCAGCAGGUCAUGGAUUUCAAGCACUGGACAAAUUUUUUAUUUCUCUUUCAGUUUCUUCUCUCCUGCUUCUUGGGGUUUCUCUUAAUGUAUUCUACGGUCCUGUGCAGCCAUUACAAUUCUGCACUUACGACAUCAGUGGUUGGUGCAAUCAAGAAUAUAUCCAUCGCUUAUAUUGGAAUGUUGAUUGGUGGUGACUACAUAUUCUCUAUAUUAAACUUUAUAGGGCUAAAUAUUUGCAUGGCAGGAGGACUGAGAUAUUCAUUUUUAACAUUACGAGACCACAACAAACCUAAGCAGUCCACAGAUGAAGAAAACAUGUCUUGAUUCAAAGAGCUAGGAAAAAUGAAUAAUGUGAAAGGCAGUGAAGAUGCAAGCUCACUAAACAGCACUGCCACAAAGUUAAUCAAGCACCUGCUGCAGGAAUGUAUCUGAAAUGAGAAAAAUCUACCUCAGUUACCAUUACACACACACAUCUUAUAGCCUCAGAAGUGUUCUUACACACAGUGUCACAACUUAUUUUUGUUUUAUAACCAAGCUUCACUUAUAAUAUUGGAACAUCUAUCUAAAGUAAUUAGCUAGUUGUGACUGUCUUUAUUCUUGCUUCAGAGUAGCAGCCGUGUUAGUCUGUAUUUGCAAAAAGAAAAGGAGUACUUGUGGCACCUUAGAGACUAACAAAUUUAUUAGAGCAUAAGCUUUCGUGAGCUACAGCUCACUUCAUCAGAUGCAUUCAGUGGAAAAUACAGUGGGGAGAUUUAUGUAUACAUCCUCCUUUUCUUUAUUCUUGCUAAUGACAAUAUUUGUACUCAGCCAAAUCUUAAAUUUCUUACUCAGUUUUCAUAAAUCCUUGUGAGGCAAAACUCCCACAAAGACAAUGGGGGCUUGAUUCAUUUCUGUCCAGUACUGUAGCAGAUCACCGGCGUGGUGCCUCUUGUUGGUCAUCCAGGAAUUAGCUCUCUCAGGACUGGAGCACUAUCUAUGGGCCGGUGGCUCGCCCUCUGUUACCUAUCUCUCUGCAGUCCCUUUAUCUCCACCAUAUAUAGGCCUCAUGUCCCUCCCAGACCACAGUGCCCCUUAUCUUGGGGUGCUACCCCUCAUCCAGAGAACCCCACUCCCUUGAGCCCACCUCGUCUGAGUGACCCACUGCCAGUCUUCAUCUAGCCCCUUUAUGCAGGCGCAAACUGCAGUGUGCAAUGGCCAGUCAUCAUUGGCUAGGGGAUUGGACCUGCUCUCUUUCCCUGCAGCCCCUGUACCUCAGGCCUUCCUGUCGGGCCUCAACCUAGGAAGUCACCAGGCCUGAGCUUCCCAGCUCAGCCUGCCCCUUCCCCAGCACGGCUCUGUUGAAGGUACCCUGUGCUUCCAGGCAGCCCGGUCCUUCCCACCCCAAGGCUGCAGUGAGACUGCCUGCCUCCUAGAUCACAGUCCUUUUUAUACCAGCCCUAUGAGGCCCUGACAGCAAGGCCUAUGCCUGGGGAUUUGCCAAGCUGGAGCUCCCCCAGCUCCUCCUGCCCUUCCCCAGCACUACACUGUCCAGGGUACCCUUUUCCUCUUUCAGACAGCCGGAUCCAUCUCUCUCCAAGGCUGGAGAAAGACUGACUGCCUUCUGGCCCUUUUAUAGGGCCCAGCCUUGCCCUGAUUGGCUGCUUUGUAGCCUUUCCUGGUUGGAUCUCAGCCCCAGCCCUCUCCAAGGGCUGGCUUUUAACCCUUUCAGGCCCGGAGUGGUGUGACCACCCUGCUACAUAUACCUUGUGGACUUAUUUAUACCUACAAAGAGGGUGUACAAUGCUACCAAAUCAAAAUGGUUUUACACCCACUUUGCACUAGUGUAAAUGACUACACAACUGGAUCCUGGCUCACUACAAAAGCAAUUUUUCCUCUCUUGGUAUUGACACCUCCUCAUCAAUUAUUGGGAGUGGACCACAUCCAACCUGACUGAAUUGGCCUUGUCAGCACUGGUUCUCCACUUGUAAGGUAACUCCCUUCUCUUCAUGUGCCAAUAUACUGUAUUUAUGCCUGUAUCUGUAAUUUUCACUCCAUGCAUCUGAAGAAGUAGGGUUUUUUACCCACAAAAGCUUAUACCCAAAUAAAUCUGUUAGUCUUUAAGAUGCCACCGGACUUCUCAUUGUUUUUGUGGAUACAGAGUAACACAGCUACCCCUCUGAUACUUGAAUCCUGGGUGUUUGUCCUGUAUAAGGAGUGAUUGAAAACUGAAUAAGGAAGUCAGUGUACAGCCCAGAAUGUUUUGAAAAAGGAGUUCUCUCUUAUCCGACCAAUUCUCUGCUUCAUUCUUCCAAAGAAGCUAUCCUCCUCUGUGGUAUCACAGUCUGUUGCCACAAUCAUGGUUGUUUUGUCAUCGAUGGAUUAUUCUGACUUUCUGCUGGAUCAAAUGAAAGGAAGAGAAGGGCAGUGAGAGAAAUAUUUAUUGUUUAAAGAGAAAUACCUUGGCUGAUUAGCCAGUACUGCAUGGAAAAAUCUGAGAGAGACCAGAAAGGGAAAUGCAUUUCUGUUCAGGUAUGCAUACUUAGAUAUCAAAGGUUCCCCUCUGCACAUUGUUUGUCAGCGCGUAGCUUGGAACACUACACAGCAAAUGCACUUAUUAUGCGCUGACUGGAGCAGAAAAAAAUGAAUGGCACACUGAAGACUGACUUUAAGCAAUAAUGUUUCAUUGAUGCAGAAUUGUUGAUGUCCCACGGUGUGCCAUAGUACAUAAUAAUAGUUGAAACCACCUAGAAUUCAUUUAGUUUUGUUCUGUAUUCUAAACUCAGACUGUGUUCCCAAAGAUUCACUAAGGAGAGGAAGGAUAGUCUAGUAGUUGAAGUACAAAACUUGAAAUUGGGUGAGCUGGGGUCUGUUCUUACUUCUGCCGUAGAUGUUGGACAGUACCGUAACUGCUGUCUGUCUUUUCUUCUCUGAAAAGGCAGAAAAUAUAUAUUUACCUACAUCAUAUAGUUAAGUUAAAUUCAUCAAUUAUUACAAAGCAUUUGAGAUCCUCAGAUGGUGCCAUAGGGGUGUACAGUGAUUAUUAGGGUUCUCAAUUUCAGAUACGCACAAGCCAAGUUAUGAUUUUCUGUUGAAAUCAUGAGAAGUGUUGAAGUUUCACAAGAUUUUGACAUGGAACCAGGUAGAUCUGGAUAGUAUUGAUUGACUGAGUUUCAGUUUGAGAUUUGAGGUUCAAACUCGGCCAAACUUGGAGAGUGCAAACCCAUGUGGACCAUAGGAAGUAGGCAUUGCUGCUGACUCAGAAUGCCAUCUAGUCCAGUAUCCUCUCUGACAGUGGCCAGUAUCCAAUGUUUCAGAGUAAGUUGUCAGAAUUCCACAGUCUGCAAAUGUGGGAUAUCUGCCGGUCUCACCCUGAUCUCUAAUAGAUAGAGGUUGGCUUAAGCACUGAAACACAAAGUUCCUAAAUGUUUGUUGUCAUUAAUUAUAACUCUGGAUAUUCUUGAUAGCCAUAUAAUUAUCCACUCUCUUUUUGAAUCUUAAAUUCUUGGCCACAAUGACUUCCUGUGGCAAGAAGUUCCAUAGCUUAAAUCAGGUGUGUGGAAAAAAAGUAUUUCCUUUUAUUAGUUUGAAUUUCCCACCUUUUUAGUUUCAUUCACUGUCCCCUUGUUCUCAUGUUGUGUUGUGAGAUAGGGAGAACAGAAGUCCCCUCUCUACCUUCUUUAUACAACUUGCUCUUUUAUACAGUAUAAUUCCAGUUAUCCAAAUAUCGUUUUUCAAAAAAUCCUAGUUUAUCCAAAUCCACAGUGUGGCCCCCCCAUGUAGCCCUAUCUUAGUGAAUCACCCACUGAUAAGUUCUCACUUAGCCUCUUAACACCCGCUAGUGCUACUCAACUGCUUUAUAUCUGUAUAGUGGUUCUUAGUGGUUACUGCAGCUAGUGAGAUCUAAUCUUGUUUGCGCAGCUUGGCAGGACAAUGUAAUAAAAAAAAAUGUGUGUGUUAGGAUCUCAAGCAGCAAGUACACAUUCUCAAGGUCCUAGGCCUGGCCUACACCUAAAACUUGGUCAACCUAGCGACAUUACCAGGGCUGUGAAAAUUUUCAUGCCUCCAGCACUGUAGUUAGGUUAACCUACCCCCCAAUGUGGACGUGGCUAGGUCAACAGAAGGAUUCUUCCAUCUAUCUACCUACUGCUUCUUGGAGGGGUGGAUAACUACAUAGAUGGAAAAAAUCCUUCUGUUGAUGUAGGAAGCAUCCACACUAUGGCACUACAGUGGCACAGCUGCAGCAUUUCUACCCCUAGAAAUAUCAGCAUUACUCCCUGUGUUCCCUGUAUUUCUGAAUCUGUGAAACUGCAGCUCAGAAUAGCAUUUCUGUUUAUCUGAAUGCCCAGUUAUCUGAAAGUUUUGGAUGUACCCCAGGCCAUUCAAAUAAACGGGAAUGUAUUGUAUGCUUCAUGCCCCCGUUUAUCCAUUUCCUUUCUAAGGUCCGUGUGGAUCAAACCAAAAAUAGUGUUUGUAUGAAGCUUUGUAAAGUGAAACCACUGCACUUUGAACAGUUCAAAGAACUGCCUAAGAGCUUGUUUACACAGCUAAGAUAAUAAGUUUCAUAUACUGGUAUUAUUACAUUGGCAUAGCUAUCCCAGUAAAUUUCCCUGUGCAGAUAAGCCCUAAUCCAGAAACCAGUAUGUGAUCUUUCCAUCUCCAUUCUGUGAACUAUUAAAGAAAAGCAGAACGGGUAUUGAAAUGCCUUUUUAUCAUGAUGUUCAAACAACACCCUGGUAUUUUGUUAGUAUUAGAGAGCCAUGUAUUAUGGAUGUAGAUUUAAAACAUCCUGAAGUUUGGGGGGUAUUUGUUUCCAUGGUUAUGUUUCAGCCUAGAAAAAUGGAGGCCAUUUGCAAAAACCAGAGCCAUGUUUGGAUUUUAAACCCCAGAGGUUGGGGGUGUUAGAUGCAGCAUUUGGACUCUGGUCCAUCUCUAGUCAGUGAGUUUGCUAACUUAAUUUAAAAUAUAAGCCAUAAUGCUUGAUUGUUGAAAUCUUUUUUGCAGGGUAUUAACCUGCUGAUAGAUAGUUUUUAGCAUGAAGCUGAAAAUUACCUCAAAUUCUCACAGGUACUGUAUAACCCUUUUCUGCCAGCCCUACAUCUAGGGCCAGACUGGAGAGCAAAGAGCCUCUCGCCGCUCAAGAUCAAACACAAGAGUUGUCCUUGAGUUCCCAGGACCUGUACUGUCAUUAGGGCAAGUUUCUCGAAAGUGAGGAGAGUAGAGACACUGCCCCUUCCCCAAAUGUGGCACAGUUGGUCUAGCUUUCUAGCUUUUGCCUGCUAGAGAUACAAUAUCGUUCAUCACUCCUGCUGGGUGAUGCAGCCCUGCACUUCCACUGUCUGCAGGUGAGGCUGCAUGCCAUGAGCAAGCCUAUAUUGUAAUUCUACCUUUCAUAUCCCAAUCCAGAAAGCAGCUAUGACUAGAUUGUUUUCUGGUUGAACUAAUUUCCCUUAGGGCUUGUCUACCUGGUAGGUUCCUUUCAGUAAACCAGGGUGUGGAUCCACAGUUUCCAAGUUGAUUGCAUAGUAAUGUCCCACAUGGACACUCCUACAGUGCACGGAGGUUAAAAUUAAAAACCUGUGGCUGGCCCAUGCCAGCUGACAUGGGCUCAGGCUACGGAACUAUUUAACUGCAGUGUAGAUCUUUGGGCUCAGGCUGGAACCUGUGCUCUAAGCCCUGUGAAUUAAGAGGGUCCUAGAGCUUGGGCUGCAGCCCAAACCUGAAUGUCUACUUCACUAUUACAUAGCCCCUUAGCCUGAGCCCUGUGACCCCGAGUCAGGUGACCCAGGGCAGCCACAGGUUUUCAGUUGCAGUGUAGACAUACCCCAAAAGUCCCAGAGUGUGACUUGGUAUACUACUACUUGAAAGCAUGUUCAUCACUUUCACUUUUACUUUCUGGCUAUUAUGAUCCAGUACAAUUCUGCCAAUUCAGGGAAAUACUUUAUUUUUUAAAAAUGUUUUCUUUUAUAUUUUAAAAAAUUCUUGAACAUUUUUCUGUUCCUGGUGUCUAGUAAAACUUCCUUUGCCCCACCACUACCACCAGAAUUUUGGGCCUAAACUACCUGACAAUUCAACUUUAAGUAGGUGGGCAGGAUGGAUUUCACCGAUAAUCAGAGGGUUAGCACAGAAGUGGGAUUACAGCAUUGCUUGAUAUAUAGCAAUUGCACCUACUGAAAUGAGGAACACUUAGUUGUUUUCCUUGAGGAUCUCUUUCUAUGUUCAACUUGGUAUGUGGCUUAAUUCUGCAAUAUUGUUUGCUUUAUGCUUGUAUAUAAAUAAAUGAAAUUAUUGUUA